AUGAGGGUGCUCCUGUUCGCCGCCCUGGCCUUGGCAGGCUUCGCCGCGCCGGCCUCUGCAGCAGAGGCUGUGCCCCUGCCAGAGGACUACACCACGGCUUGCUCCAGAGAUGUGAUGUGGAACAUAACAUCUUCCGACCACACAUGCUCCGAGACGUUGACCAAUUAUCUGGAUCCCGUUCCAUCUUGCUGCGAGACGCUGGCCACCUACUACGGCCCGAACUCGACCCUUCCGUCCCGGAAUUGCUGGUGUGUCCCGGAGUACUUUGCCGAGCAGCUCGCCCUCAGCGUCGUCCACUACAUCUCCGUGCCCACCUACCUAGCGGGUUGCGAAAAGCUGGGCUAUCCCAUCUACUACUAUCAGGAGGGCGCGGGGCCGUGUGCGGGAGUGUCUGCAGCCGGUGGCGCGGCCACCACUGGGGCCGCAUCUGCACCGGUCGAAGGCCUCCCAAUGCGGUCCUUUGGUGCAUGGGUUCGUGGGCUCGCGCAGUACAAGUGGGGGGCCGUCAUGUUCACCGUCGCCAUUCUGGCAGCCAUUGGCUUCUCCCUCAUGGCAUGGGCCUUCAUCUUCGAUGCCGGUGUCGACAUCUACGAGGCGAUCGUUGCUCGCAAGAACCGCUGA